AUGGCGCCACUUAUCCCCAAAGAUGCAGUCAAAACGAUGUUAGAUCACCUCGAGAAGAACAAAGGCAGGGCUGGUCCUUACAUGCUGGACAGAAAUGGAGCUUACCAAGAAUUGUUCGCGGUGGUCAAGGCGACUCACCCUAAGCUAGCAAUUACCCCGACGAACAUCAGGAGUAAAUUCAACAGGCUAGCGUCCAAAAAGUAUAUCCGCCAUUAUAAACAAAGUUUUAUUGUGGAACUAUUUGAGAACGGCAUCACCGUGCUGCCGCAAUGGUAUUUGGAUUCCAUACACUCUGACUUCCAGGGUAAAGGCUACAAGCGGAGUUUCGAAGGAACCUCUGAGGAAGACGCUGAGAUGGCUCCACGCGCAACUAGACCAGCACACGAACAUCCUCCUAGAAAGGUCAGAAAGACCCUUUGGAAGUGUAAUCCCAGCGAAGAGACCUCGGAGAGCCCACGAAAACCCCAAAACGACGCCCAGAUACAAGCUUCUGAGGUACGCCCGAAGGUCAUCGUACCGACUCGUCGGACCCCAGAGGCCCCACCAAUCGAGCCGUUAUCAGACCUUUCAUCGCCCACUUCGGACCACGAGCUUAACAUUCAUCAACAAUCGGUGCUACAGCCAGGCAUUCCCACCCUCAUUUCUCGCACUAAGUAUCAAGAACGCUAUGCAGAAAUUGACAACUAUCUUGCAGAAGACCGUGGGGCUUUCAGUUGUAGCGUCCAGGAGCUGUCGAGCCUUCAAUCUGACAUUCUGCGAUAUGUGGAUCUGGGCAUUAAACACCUCUUUCAAGAAGGCCGUGACUGGCAAAAAUCUUGCCAUUUGGCGGAUUCUAGACAUUUAUUUGCUCCAAAGCUCAGUGGAGCACUGUCAGACAAUGACUUCCACGAUAUUUGCGAGAAAGUAUUCUGCUCAGAAACGAUCUUUGACUUGUACGAUUCAGCAUUGUCGAAUGCUUUCUCCAUUGAGGAUCUGCUAAGAGCUAUCAAGAUAGCCGCCAUACAUCAUUGGGUGCUAGGGAGUGGACGGAUCCACGAUGCAAUUACAAGCCGAAUGCACCACAGAUCGAAAUUUGGCCAGGACGUAGUGGAGGAACUUGACAAAGAUUCUACGGUCAUGUCAUUGAGCAUGUCUUCCUAUUCCACACCAAGCUCAGACCCCGACACGGGCUUCGAGUCCUCACCAGAUCCUUACGAUGCUGAGGCCUCUACUACUUCCAGCUCAUACGCCCGAUUACCUCCUCAUAUACAGGCCAUGAAGCUACCCAGACCGUUCUUACCCUUUUCAAGAGACGAGAAUGAGCAAGUCUUUGAACGAAGCAUUCUCGAUCGCUUCAAUGCCCUUGAGCAGAAAUUGAAUCGUCGACUCACCUCAGAAGAGCUGUCGGGAUCCGCAUCAUGUACAGCGAAUGGAGUAAGAGUGGCUUCACUUGGCCUUCCAGUGACUUAUGCCUUCGCGGGGUGGCGCACAUAUGCGACUCGAGAGGGUAUGAAACUCCCACUCUACGGCAAUCUAAGACCGGCCGAAGGAGCUCCGCGAAAUAAGAUAGCAAAUUGGGAUGGGCAACACCUGUCGAUUGGACCAAGAGAAUAUCUUAGGCGCAUGAGUCCAAAUAUAAAGACUAUACUUCUUCACGCGAUUAGAGGCACCAACUAUCUCGCCUUCUCCUGGUUUGCCUUUGUGCCAUUCUUUGCGAUCUACGGCGCCGUUGUUGCGGCCACAGCAGAGCAGUCAGAUUCGAGGCUACAGCAAGUGAGAAAAGAGUCGGAUGAGAUCCGUCGCACUACACAGGGUGACACUUUAAAUAGACAAGAGGACCAGCCCCGAUCAAGAGGGCAAAAGUUACCGAAGCGGCAAGAGGGAGCAAGGACUCGGAAGGAUCCUACGGGACAAGGCGACCGUGAGGCGGGUGAUCUAUGGGCAAGACACAGAGAAACCAUUUCUCGGACAGAAAAAUCGUCGCGAGAUUUCGACGACGCAAGUCCAACUGGCGGGAUGGGUAUGUUCGAAUUUGAAGAAGGCUCAGCAAUAGAUUAUGGCACAGAUGUUGGAAGCGGAGGCCAAGACCGGAGCGAAAGGUCGCAGGGUCGGACUGAUACCAUGCAGACAAACCAACGGGAACCUCAGAGGCAGCAAGCACAACCUCGAGCGCCAAGAUCCAAGCCACGAGAGAGGGUGGAUGCCGAACCUGAAUUCGACGCUGGUGCUUCUGGUGAAAGUACGAACGCGUGGGAUAGACUACGGAACAGUGCUAUGAAUGGUCAAGUUCCAAAUCGGACAGGGAAAAGAUCUGGACAAGCACAGCAAGAAGUUGAAGGCUCUUACUCGGGCGCUGAAGAAGAGAAAAGCUACGCAAGGGGUGAAGCCCAAAGGGAGUUUGACAAGCGACUGGAAAGAGAAAGAGAGGGAGGGGACUUUUAUGAUCGCGGUAGUGGUGGACGAUAG